AUGGGGUCAUUGUCUGACCCAUUAGCCUUGACGGAGGGUGAUCUAAAGAACUCUAGAUUUACUUCCCUCCCACCAACACCCCCAGAUGAGCCAUUCGCAGUCAAUGGAGCAUACAUUGAAGAUAAAGAUCUUCAAAAAGUCAACUUAGGUAUUGGAGUUUACCGCACAGCUGACGGACUCCCAUGGCCAUUACGAGUUGUCGAAGAUGCUGAAGAGCGCCUUCAUGAAGUAAAGAACGUGCAUAGACACGAGUAUCUCACCAUCCAAGGAGAUAAAGAGUUCCUGAGACUAGCAUCAGAUCUUGUGUUUGGGUCUGAAGCAAGAAAGAGCGCGCAACUUGUAGCCGGGCCAGACAGAGACCGAGUGGUAUCCAUCCAAACAGUCUCUGGCACAGGCGCAAACAGACUUGGUGCGGAACUUUUGGCUAGAAAUAUCCGGCCAGGAUGUGUUUGGAUCCCUGAUCCAACUUGGGCGAAUCAUCAUACAAUCUGGGAUUUGGCUGGAGUUCAGAGGAAGACUUACCCUUACUACAACAAUGCAUCAAAGUCUUUUGACUUUGAGGGCACAGUUCGAACUCUUUCCAAAUCAGCAAAGCAAAAUGAUGUUAUUAUUCUUCAUGCCUGUGCACAUAAUCCUACCGGUGCAGACCCAACACAAAAGCAGUGGAAAGCGUUAAGUGAGCUGUGUAAGGCCAAAGGCUUGAUUCCUUUCUUUGAUCUUGCCUAUCAAGGCUUUGCGUCUGGGAAUCUCGAGCAAGAUACAUGGUCUAUCCGUCACUUCUUUAGAUGUGAGCCAAAACUGGAAUUCUGUGUGGCACAGUCCUUCUCGAAGAAUCUUGGACUGUAUGGACAACGGGUAGGAGCCUUACAUGUUGUUACUUCCACUGCCAGUCAUCAGACUUCUCAGAACCUGCUCGGAACCCUUUGCCAUCUUGUUUGGGGAGAAUACUCUAUGGCUCCAAGAGGAGGCUCGGAGAUAGUUCGAACCGUGCUAGGAGAUCAAGGUCUGAAAAAUAAGUGGUUUGAUGACCUGGUGACAAUGAGUGAGAGGAUUCGACGAAUGAGACAGGCUCUAUAUGAUGAGUUGGCUCGGUUGAAGACACCGGGAGAAUGGGAUCACAUCUUGAAGCAGAUUGGCAUGUUUACCUACCUUGGAUUAUCGGAGACGCAAGUGAUGGAGAUUCGAUCUAGGCAUCAUAUCUACAUGCUUAAAUCUGGUCGUAUAUCAAUCUCUGGAUUGAACGAAAAUAAUGUCAAAUAUGUUGCACAGUCCAUAGACGACGUUGUUCGCACUGGGCUUUGA